AUGGUUGAAGAACAAAAACAAAAACAACAACGUUUUCGAGAAACGAUUCAAAGACAACGCGAGAAACUUCCGAUUUACGCGUCCAAAGAUGAACUCGUCGCGCACAUCGAACAGAACGAGACGGUUAUUAUUCUCGGCGAAACCGGGUCCGGGAAGACGACGCAAAUACCGCAGUUUGUGUACGAACGGAUGAUGACGAUGAAAAAGGAGAAUAAGAACAACAACACGGAAUUUGAGUCAAAUUUUCCUCCUAGAAAAGAAAAAGGAACGAUGGUUGCCGUGACGCAACCGAGACGGGUCGCCGCAGUAUCCGUGGCGAAACGAGUGAGUCAAGAAAUAGGCGACGGAGGGAAGUUGGGCGAUUUGGUCGGGUACGGCAUUCGUUUCGACGACUGUUCGAGCGAGCAAACGAGGAUCAAAUUUUUCACGGACGGGAUGUUAUUAAGAGAGGCGUUGAAUGAUCCACUCUUGUCGAGAUAUGGGGCAAUUUUAGUCGACGAGGCGCACGAGAGAACGUUGCAGACGGAUUUCUUGUUAGGAACGCUGAAAGCGAUUCAAGAAAAACGGAGGAUGAAUAUACUCGAGAAAGACGACGACAACGAUAACAACAACAACAACAACAAAAGAAAGAAAAGAAAGAAGAGACCACCUCCACCUCCGCUGAAGCUGAUAAUUAUGUCCGCAACGCUCGACGCGUCUUCGUUCUCUGAUUUCUUUGAUGCGUGUCCAAUCAUAUACAUCAAAGGCAGAACGUUCCCGGUGGAAACGUAUUAUUUGAAGGAACCUGAGGAAGACUACAUCGAUGCCGCGUUGUGUUCGGUGAUGCAAAUAAAUGAGGACGAAAAAGAUAUCAAAGGUGAUGUUCUCGUCUUUCUCACCGGACAAGAGGAAAUUGAAAGUUUAGGGAAACUGCUCACCCAAAGAGGGAAGGAUACGUAUCCGCAACUCAACGUCGUUCUUCUCUUCGCAGCUAUGCCUGCGGAGGAACAGAUGAAAGUCUUCGAAGAAACACCCAAAGGUACGCGUAAAAUUGUUUUAGCGACGAAUAUCGCGGAAACUUCGCUCACAAUUCCCGGCAUUCGAUACGUCGUUGAUACUGGUUUGACGAAAAUGCGCACUUUCAAAGCGAAAUCUGGCGUAGAAGAGCUGAAAGUUGUCCCAAUUGCGCGUUCGCAAGCGACCCAGAGGUGCGGCAGAGCCGGAAGAGAAGCGCCUGGGAAGUGCUAUCGGCUGUAUACGGAAGAUACGAUGUUUUCGUUGGCUGAACAGGUUGUCCCAGAACUCCUUCGAACGAACUUAGCUGGUGUCGUUUUGAUGCUCAAAGCCAUGGGAGUAAACGACGUGUUGACUUUUCCUUUCAUCGACAAACCGAGCACGGAAGGCUUGUUGAGAAGUUUAGAACUUCUGUAUUCACUCGGCGCGUUGGAUGACAAAGGUGAGUUGAAUAAGAUAGGAAGACAAAUGAGCAAGUUUCCGUUAGAACCGAUGGCGUGUAAAUGCAUCAUCGAGAGUCGAAAUCAAAAGUGCACAGAGGAGAUUGUCGCAAUUUUAGCCAUGUUGAGCACGGAAAAUGUGUUUGUGGGGAGAACUAUUCAAGUGGCGAAGCACAAGACGGGAGACCACAUGACGCUAUUGAAUUUAUACGCGGAUUAUUCAAAAGUCUCUCGAAAUGGGAAGAAAAAAUGGUGUAAUAGCCACGGAGUUUCGUUUCGAGCAAUGAAUAAAGCGGAGAAGAUCAAAGAGCAGUUGAGUCGAAGCAUAGGGCACAUCGAAGAUUGGGACGAGGAUGAGGAGAAGGACGAAGAACGAGAAGGCGAAGAGAAAGAAGAAAAGCAGGAAAAAGAAAACAAGUCUGUGCGAAUACGCAAAGCACUCACGGCUGGUUUCUUCAUGAAUGCGGCAAAAAAGGAGUCAAUUUCCGAUGGCAGUGGCGGCGGCAGUAACAGUAUGUUUGUGACUCUGAUUGGCGGGAACAGACUUUUCGUGCACCCAAGUUCGACCACGUUUCACAAGUUUUCUUCGAGAGAGACAGCCAAAGAAGCGGUUGGGAUCUCUUCCUCCUACAUCAUCUUCAACGAGUUGAUACGAACGAAUAAAUUGUACGCGAGAGACGUUUCAGUCAUAGAAGGCGAGUGGCUGACUGAAUUUGGUUCACGAGUGUUCGGUACUCAACGAUAG